AUUGUGCGAGUAAUCCGUGUUCUGCAGGAUUCACGUGUACAUCGGAUACCAACAGCUACAUUUGUAGCUGUCCUGCUGGCUAUACGGGAGACGACUGUAGCAUCUAUGAUGGUUGUGCGAGUAAUCCGUGUCCCACAGGACAAAUUUGUACACCGUAUACCAACAGCUACGCCUGUACAUGUCCUACUGGCUACACUGGCAGCGACUGUAGUAUUUAUAAUGGUUGUGCGAGUAAUCCGUGUCCCACAGGACAAAUUUGUACACCGUAUACCAACAGCUACGCCUGUACAUGUCCUACUGGCUACACUGGCAGCGACUGUAGCAUUUAUAAUGGUUGUGCGAGUAAUCCGUGUCCCACAGGACAAACGUGUACACUGUAUACCAACAACUACGCCUGUACAUGUCCUACUGGCUACACUGGCAGCGACUGUAGUAUUUAUAAUGGUAUGAGUAUUUAA